CCCUUCUUCAUCCCAUCUUUCCUUCUCCGAGAAGUCUCUUGGCCGCCAUCCCUAGGCCCUUCUGCCGCCGCUGUCCACGGAUCAUCUCCCUCAAGAGGCGAUGGGGAAUCAAUCCAAGAAGACGGCAUCGAGAUGCACCACGGAGGCAGAAACUGGCAUCCACAGGUUCGAGAUCAUCGGGUACAACCUCAAGAGGGGCAUUGGCAUCGGCAAUUUCUUCCAGUCGGACACCUUCACGGUCGGUGACCACAACUGGGCCAUCCGCUUCUACCCUGAUGGGGUAUCCAAGGGCACCAAAAUGUUUGUCGCUAUCUCUCUGGAGCUCAUGACCAAUGAUGCCGAGGUGCGGGCAUGCUACAAUCUGUUUUUGGUGAACCAAGAUUCAGGGCAUUCGGAGAGUAUCAUGAGCCUCCACUCCACAGCAAUACCGUUCGAGUCUCACAAUUAUUUUGUAGCAAGAGAAAACAAGCUUGAAGCAGGUUGCUAUGUCAGGGACGAUUGCUUGACGAUUGAGUGUUAUCUCACAGUCAUCAAGGCUUCCCAGCUAUGCAAAAUAAAGGGGGGCCUUGAAAUUCAAGUGCCGCCCUCAGACCUUUCAGAGCAUUUUGGUAGGUUGUUUCUGGAGGAAGAAGGAGCAGAUGUGAUUUUCAUGGUCAGAGGUGAGAGAUUCCUCGCGCACAAGAUCGUACUCGCCACACGGUCUCCUGUGUUCAAGGCGCAACUGUCAUAUGGACAGAUGGAGACAACGGCGCACUGUGUGCCCGUGGAGGACAUGCAGCCUGUUGUCUUCAAGGCCCUGCUGAACUUCAUUUACACUGAUGCGCUGCCUGACUCUUUUGAUGAUCUUGAUGAGGAGGAUUACAGCGAAGUUAUCAAGCAUUUACUUGCCGCUGCAGACAUAUAUGCCAUGGACAGGUUGAAGUUGCUGUGUGGAAGUAUUCUUGUCAAACACCUUCGUGUGGAGACCGUGGCGACUACAUUGGCUAUAGCGGACCAGCAUAAUUGCGAGAGUCUCAAACAAAUCUGCAUUGAGUUUAUGGCAUCUUCAGAUAAGAUGGAUGCGGUUGUGGCAACUCAAGGCUAUGCAAAUCUCAAAAGAACUUGCCCUUCUAUCUUGGUAGAUGUGUUGGAGAAGAGAAGCAGGCGCUGCAAAGCAUAGAUUCUCAACUCAUGGCCCAUGAGGAGUUGGCUGUUUAGUUCUUAAAUUUCAAAAAUAGCUUGCUUGUUUUCCUAGAGUACUAUGUGAUGACUUGAACCUAUGGUUGUAAGUUUAGCUUCUUCAUU